UUGAGUUUGACGAAAUGGCUUGUGGGUUUAUGUUUUUGUAGCAAAUGAAAAAUGUUUCAGUAGUUCUUCGUUUAAUUUGUAAAGUUUACGAGUAUUCUGUUAUUUUUCAUGAUUUUUUAACAAGUUGGAUGAAUAAUACGACUUUUGAAUGUGAAUAUAGACUGUAAUUUGUGUGUCCACCUCAGGUUUAUGUGAUUACUCCAGUCGCUUCUCAUGCUAUUCGCUCAGUAGGCUUUCUCAAGGAUCUUCCUAUUUUCUGUGUUAAGAAGAUUUAUGGAAACAUUUGGUCUAUAAACAAACAGCUGGAAAGUGUCAAGUUACUAGGGAGCUUGCAAUAGGAAUUGUCAUUAUCAUGUCAGAUUCUAAUGCACCUGAUCAGCAUGAUGAAUCAGAUGAAGAGAGAGAGGUAGAUCUUAAGCAUUUUGAAAUUACCAAUGACACAGAUUUUGAGACAAAGGAUAAGGAUGGCAAUGUAGAAGCCUCUUCCAGUCAGUUAGAACAGCAACUGAGUGUCAGGAGGAAACUUCGAACCCUAACGUUCGGAAGACGCAGAAAAGGGUUAGCCAAGGAUCCAGCUAAAAAACUAAAAGGAUCAUGGGUAUUAAGAUUUGGAACAUGUUCCAAAAGACCUUCAAACUCUGAUAUUGCUGAACCAACAGUAGGCUGCAGUGCUUGUAUUUGUACUGGCUAUCGUAAAACAGAAGAUCACCAUCUUGGAGCAAGAUUCGUUUUUAAAGGUUCUCCUCCAAAUCGAAGAGGCGUAUCACCCAAACGAGUGGCAGUUUUCAAAGCUGGGAGUGAAAGGACUAAUUCUAACUCUCCUGUAAUUGAUUUGACAAAAUUCAAUCCAGAGAAAUAUCCUAUCGAUGACUGGGAUGAACGUGCUCGACAGGAACGUGCUCGAGAAAUUCAAGAGGGAGUAGACCCACCUCCUGGCUAUCAGACUGCUCUUACUGGUCAAGUUACUGAGGUGAAACUGAGUGAUUUAACUCAGGCACUUCAAAAUCAACUCCACAUUUCUCCAUAUCCUUACCUAGAGAGGUUUACUGAGGCAACUGGAAUGUCAAAAGAAAUGUUAACCAAAUUUUAUGAGGUAUCGGCCAAAGGGUUUUCUCUCCCACAUUCUCAGGUUGACUACAUGCACUGUCUAGUUCCAGAUUUAUUAGAAAUCACAAAUUGUAGCUUUUAUUGGGGUAAAAUGGACCGGUACCAAGCUGAAAAACUGUUGGAGAACAAACCAGAAGGUACAUUCUUGUUACGAGAUAGUGCUCAAGAAGAAUAUCUCUUUUCUGUAAGUUUUAGACGUUAUGGAAGAUCUCUCCAUGCACGGAUUGAACAGUGGAAUCACAAGUUUAGCUUUGAUUCUCAUGACCCUACUGUUUUUGCUUCCACUACUGUGUGUGGUCUAAUUGAACAUUACAAAGACCCAAGUUGUUGUAUGUUCUUUGAACCAAUGUUGACCAUACCUCUUCAUCGAACUUUUCCAUUUACACUUCAGCAUCUCUGUCGUGCUGUGAUUUCUAGGAGAGUAACCUAUGACACUAUUAAUAGAUUGCAAUUACCAAAAAGUUUGAAAGCCUAUUUAAAAGAAUACCAUUACAAGCAGAGAGUACGAGUUCAUCGUCUUGAUUUAGAACACUAAUAUUGAUACACACUGUGCAGAGUUAGUGUUGUUAACAGUAAACUUCAUUAUACCAGUAGUAUAUAAUAUAUUUAACUGGUACAGUUUAUCCUUAAACAAGGAAGACCUGGCUUUUUUAAAGCCCUUGUAAGUAAUUGGGUUUCUUAAGAUAUGAUUUAUCCUAUUCAUAAUUCUGCAUAUUUUUAAAGUGUUAUGGAAUUAACUUAAUAUUUCUAAAUUUCUUGCUUUUGAAUAUAUAUGUAUAUAUUUAAAAAAAAAUGUUUAUCAAAAAUAUCCUAAAGAUUAAUUAAGAUAUAAUACUGAAAAUGGUGAUUCUAUUGUAUAUCAUAGCAGGGAAGUGUUAGGAAUAUACAUAUUUUGAUGAUUAUUUAUGUUUAAAAAACUUUAAAUUUAUUGAUAUAAAACUAUUUUUGAGUCUAUAUUUAUACUGUUUGCAUAUGACAUGAAUAUUUUAAUAUCUAAAAUCCAUUGCAUAAAUACAGUUUUAUAGUUUCAAAAACAUUUUAGCUUCAUCUGGGUUAAGCUAAUUUAAGUACAACAUUAAAACCAGUGAUAAAAUAAUCUGACAUUUAAAUCAUGAUAAAGUGCAAGUUGUCUGAGGUACAAAAAGCUGGAAGUGUACAAGAUCACAUUUUUGAAAAGUAACAAGUAUAUAGUGAUUAAAACGAAUACAAUAACCCAGUGUUUAUCUAAACAAUAUUAUCUCUUGCUAUAGUAUAGGUUACAGAAAUAGUUUACAGCUACUUAGGAUUGAACAUCAGUCCUGCUUAGCCAAGCUUGCAACUGGUAAUACUGAUAUAUAUAUGGAUGUUUAAAAUUAUAUCAUUUAAUUAUUCCCAUAGUUUGGAAGUUUUCAGAAAUAGAAAUUAUGGUAUGCAUUUGUUCAUCAUUCUGUUUUUACGUACAUAGAUCUAUUUGAUAAUUUGUUCUAUUAGUUUUAUUAUAUCAAGUUGUUAACAUUGUUAAAUUGUAAUUACAUACUAUGAAAGCUUAGAUAUGUGUUUAUAAACAAUAAUUUCUCUCUUAAAAGUUUUAUAAAUAACCUAAUUUAAUUCAUAGUACUUAAUAUGCAGGUGUAUUCCAAGGUUUUUGUUUUUUUUUCUUGAGGAGGGGGUUAUUUAUGGCGAAAUCAAAUGUUUGAAUCGGAAAAUUAGAUUAACUGUUUUGAAAGCAUUAUCUGUUAACAGGUAAAAUAUUAAGUUCAAUAAAUUUCCGAAAAUAAAAGUGAUCGUUUAAAAUCAUGGUCUAAAUGAUAUUAUUUAUAACUUUUCUGUACUAAAUGUCUGUGCAAAAUAGAAUUGAAAUUGCUAAUUAAUAUCUUUCAGCUCAUAAUAUGUUUUAGUCUCCAGUUAAAGUUUUAAAUAAAACAUCCAAGAACUAUGACUACAUUGAUUAAUCAUGCCGAUGAAUAGUUUGGAUUUUUAUAUCUGAAUUACUGGCAUAGGAACACUUUUGAUUUUAUUUCAUAUUUUCAGUUUAUUUUGGUAUUUUACUUGUAAGAUAUACAUACCAGAAAAGUUAAUGCAAGACCUAAUAACCAGUGUACAAUAAUUUUGACUGUAUAUGAAGCUAUGCCUGUUGCAGUACUUGUGUCUCAAAUAUAUCAUUCAUCAGAUGGAAUAAGGUACAUUUAAACAUUACCUCAAAUGGUAGGUUUUAAGAAAUUCAAAUUCUGGCUUUUUUAUAUUUAUCUUACCUUGCGAGGUACAGUAAAAAAGCAUACAAAUCAUUAACCUCCCACUUAUCUGAUCAUGAGGAUAAUGCUGUUCACCAUGCAGUUACUUUAUCACUGAAAAUUUAUGACCUAUGUCCUAGAAGGAGAGAGAUUAAUGUAUAUUUAGUAUUACUGCAUAUCGGGUGUUUCAAUUAUUUGCUUUAUAUAAAAAGUAGAAAAAAUAUUCUGACCACAACUUCUACAUUAUUUUUCAUGACUUGUGUCAUUAACUUUUAUACAGGCAGUUUUUACAAAUGAAGGCUGGGUGUGGCCUAGUGGUUACUGUGUUGGGCUGUGAAUCCAAGAGGCCAUGGUUCUUGUCCCACCGGUGUAAAUUUGUGCUGCUCCACACAUUUGGGCUGUUGAUGUAUUAUAUGAGUUGACAGUGAGUGCUGUUGACUAGCUGCCUUCUCUCUAGUCGAUCAGUCCAAAAUUAGACAGCUGGCACAGAGAGCCUUUGUGUAGGUUUGUGCAAAUAACCAAAACAAACACAUUUUAUGAAUGGUGUUGGGUAAUUAAUAUUGUGUGUUGUUUUUUAAAUUUAUUUUGGGUGAGAAUUUGUAAACAUAUCAUUAAUACGUUUUUGUGUAAUGUACCAAAGAUAAGAAGUGUAAGUAUUAUCAGGUGGGUUUUUUCUCAGUUAUUGUAUGCUUUCCAAAAUAUAUAAAUGUGCAUUAAGGUUGCAUAACACCUAGUGUUUUCCAACAGUAUCACAUGCUUAUUGAUAUUAUCAGAAGUAUAUAGUGAUUUUUAUGUAGUCUGAGGCUGCUAAAUGAAGAUAUGGCAUUUUUAAUAUUGAUAUAAAUACUUAGAUACCUUUACCUCAUUUCCUGUUAAUGAGAAAAAAAUUUUGCCAUAUGAUUUAGUUUAUAAUUUUUUAUUUUUUUUACACAGGCCAGUUUUCUCUUAAUUUCCAGGUUCUUUAGUUUUGCAAAAGAUGUGAUGGUAGGAAAAUGAGAAAAGUUAAUUUUUGUAUUCUUAUUUUUUUAUUCAACACUUGUUUUUGUUGAAUUUUCAGAAUUAAGGUUUGAAAAGUUUAGUUUAAUAAAAGCAAAAUAGUUAUAGCUAGUAAAAGUUAGUAUUUUCUACAGCAUGAGUUUUAAAAGUAAGACAUUUCUUUGAUUGUUCAUUUAUUUUGGAUGGUUUAUGGUGAUGAAUUCAACAAAAUAAAUGUACAAGGAUGGACGCCUUUGAACCUUUAUCAAUAUUGAAAUAUGUCUCAGUUUUAUAACCUUAUUUUGUUGUGCAUAUUAUACAAGAAAGAAGGUUCAGAUAAUUUUUUCCUGAAUUCAACAGAAGAAAAAGGUAUCGCUAAUGAUUUAUACGGUGGUUGUAUUGCUACUUAAACAUUAUUUUAAUAUUUCAGGGUCAACUGUAAUAUUGGCAACUGUGAACCAAUGGUAAAAAUUGUGUAUCUUUAAAUUUUGGUACUAAGAAAUUUUUGUCGUUUUGUUAUUAAGUAAGUUUUAGUAUUUAUUUGUCAUCAAGUAUUAACAUUUUCUGUAACUGUUGUAUUAAGAAUCAGUGUAAUUUUUUUCUUGUGUAAGUACAUGUGCACAUAUAGCACCCCCCUCCCAAAUAUUGACAAAUAAAUAUAAUAUUAAAAA